AUGGAGGACUCGCAACGAGUGAGAGACAGCCACUGGGUGGCCAUUGGCAAAACUGCCACGAGCGGGAGAAGUGCUACAGCCUCGGGAAAGCGAAUUUUAGGGCAGCUGCAUUUGCUUGGUGCCGGAGCCGCGUGGGCGGGCACUGGUUGGGAAGCUCUGACGGCCUGUCUGCUGUGA